AUGGCAGAACGUUUCCAGUUGUCAGGUCUCGAUCACGAAGGCAACAGUUUGAGUUUGAACGUGACCAGGCGGGAGUUUGUUUGCCUGUCGGAGAUCAUGUCACGUGAUGCAAAUCAGAAUAUGAACGCAAGUCAGUGCAUGGUGGACAUCUGGAUGAUAUUCACAAUCUCGAAAGUGGGCUCAUUCAUCAUGGUACCUGGUAGGACGUCAUCUUGGUGCAGUUGUUGCCGGGUGGAUUAUGACGCCAAGGAUGGGAACAUAUUCGUCGAUUCGUGCGGUCUGAGAAUCGAAUGUAUCGAACCGAUGAAAAAGUGGUCCAUCACUUUUAAUGGUUUCCUACAGUGGAAGUCCCUAACACAGGUGCACCACUUUACCACGGAUUCGAGUCCUGAUGUCCUGGCGGCAUCUCUUUCAAAGGAGAGGUGGACGUUGAAGGCAUACAAUAAAGUCAUGGACUGGUUCUACAGGGAUGAGACUUAUUAUUCUCAAUGGGGUGAGCUUUCGGGUGUGGUGCGGCACAGGGGGAGGGAAUUGAUGAUGUGCCUCAGGGGACCGAGGAACCAUUUAUACGGAUCUGUUGGUCUGACGCUAUCUCGACCUUGUUCAUCGUGGAUCAUCUAUACAGAGAAAUAUCACAUGAUUCAGCUGGAGGUGGUUUGCUGGCAGAGUUUCAUCAAAAAGUACCACAUGGGGUUUGUAUCCUUCCCCAAUGGUGAGAAAACCCCCAUCACCACCAGCAACCUCACCCACUCAGGUGUUGUUCCCGACCUCAACAAUCGACCCAAAUUCAAAUUUGUAUUCAAAGCCGGAGGCACUAAGUACAAAGUGGAAUGUAACGUCACUUCAACUGGAAUGCUGCCUCCCAACACUGACCACAUCUUCUCGAACAUCAUUUUCAGGACAGCCGAUGUGAAGGUCAACGGCAUGAAUGGUAUGGCCCUGUGCACUAUGACCUACUUAGAAAAAUCAGCGGACGUGUUCGACACGAUCUCUCACUCUCCGGCCCCUUUAUUUCAGGAGUUCCUGGUCUUGAACCGCAUCGAGGCAGACGAGUACGUCGUACCCCUUAGCUCGCCCCUCUGCACCGUCAACUCUUUUGUUGGCGGGAAAGCCUGUCAGUUGGCCUUCCUGUACCAAAAUCAGAACAAGAAAUACUCUGUGAAGAACGCUGUUUGCAUCAGCGUCAAUGCCUUCAAAAGAUUUCUCGUUGAGAAUCACCACGCGAUGAGUUUUAUUAAAAGGAUGAAAGUGCUCUACAUACGCAGGAUGUCGAUGCCAGGAAGUUCAGGAUCGGUGGAAGUGAGGGAGACUCAGAAGAUGUGCGCAGGUGCCCAACAAGUUAUGAGGGAGGGAGUGAUUGCUGAUGUCGUCAAGUUCAUCAUCAAAGACCAGCUGGCUCAAUCAUUCGGCAAAGAUUUCGAGAGGAAAAAAUUUGCCGUUCGAUCAUCGGCUAUAGGUGAGGAUGGUACAAAAUUGUCGGGGGCAGGUCACAUGGAAACGACCUUGAAUGUUCAAGGGCUGGAUGAGGUUCUGAUAAUGAUGUUGAGGAGAACGAUGUUGAUGAUGUUCAUGACGAUGAUAUAG